UGUGGACAGACUGGUUGUCAGACUGAGCGGUGACACUGGAACAGCUCGCCACGCAGACAACUGGGAAGUAGAAUUUAAAACUCGAGCUCCCAGCAUUCCGGCUCGUGUUUUCCUACCAUUUGGUCGGCCGCCGCGUUAGUCUGCUCCCAGCGAGAUGGAUUCGGACUCUGGCUCCGUCUGCAGCCGCUCCUCAUCCCCGGACCUGGUGGUGGACGACUCCGCCGGGAGCUUCUUCUCCAACAAGAUGUUCCAGACGUACUGCCGAGAAAACAGAGCGGACGACGAGGACGACGCCGGCCAGGGGCGGACGGAGCGCUGCGGCGGGGGGGGCGGCAAGAACAAGACCAGGACCGAGCCUAACAAGAGCGAGGGACAGGACCUGCGACUGAAGGUCAACAGCCGUGAGAGGAAGAGGAUGCACGAUCUGAACCAGGCGAUGGACAGCCUGAGAGAGGUCAUGCCCUACGCCCAGGGGCCGUCCGUCCGCAAGCUUUCCAAAAUCUCCACCUUGCUGCUGGCUCGCAACUACAUCCUCAUGCUGUCCAGCUCCUUGGAGGAGAUGAAGAAGCUGGUGGGGGACGUUUACGGAGGCGGCGGCGCCGGCGUCCAGGGCCGCGGCGCUGCCCACUCGGCUAUUAGCCCCGCGGCUCCUGCGGCCCACCUCCCCAUGCAUCCUUUGGCCCAGUCUCUGCACUCGCUGGUGGGCAGCACACCCUCGGGCCUGCAGCACCACCCACCGUGUCCCGCUGCGGCCCAGGCCCUGCACUCUCCUCCAUCCGCCAGCUUCCUGGGGUUUCACGCUUCGGUCCAGGGCCUCCUGAAGGACCCACUCCACCUGGCCAGCUCCUACAGGCACUUCCCGGGCAUGCCCUGUCCCUGCUCGCUGUGCCAGCCUCUGCCCAUCCCCACCUCCACGUUACACAGCCUGUCCAUGACCAAGUGAGCAGGGCUCCCCCUAAAAACUGACCCUCUGCUGUUUGGAUCGACGCAAUGAGCCAAGCAGCUCGCAGAAGAAUGUUUGAACGAACUGCUGAAACGAUGGCUGGUGCCAGAGCCUGUACAUAUUUAAAAUAUAUCUCCUGUCAUGCAAACUGCUGCUAUUUUUCACUGCAUUGUUAAUACAAAAAUAUUCUAAAGACAUUCAGGAUUUUACCAGAGUAGCAAUUACUGUAAUUUAAUCUCUGUCAACUGUCUGUGGUAAUGAAACAGUCAGAAAUGGAACUGGUGUGCCCCUAUUACAUGAUUUCUAUUUUCCUAAAUUAAAAUGUUGUUAUAAUAAGAAA